AUGACUCCGCGCCAGGUUCGCCAUGGCCUCGCUGUCCUCCAGCAGCAUAAUCUGCUGUUUUACCAUACGGAUCCGGGCGCCGAAUUUGCCUCUUACGAAGCCAAUCCCGACAAUGCCUACAACCUAGUUCGCACUGGCAAAAUCCUCGAAAUGAUCGAUACUUCUUUUGGAGCACCGGCAAAGGAUGUCAUGCAGAGCCUCCUGCUGUCGGGCCAGACGAGGGUAUCGGAUUUGGUUGCGGCAUACAAGGAGAAGAUCGAGCAGGGGAACCAAACAGAGAGUACGGUCGGGGACGACAAUGACUUUGGCAUCGAGGCAAACGGCGUCAAUGGGGACUCAAAGGCCGACAAGAAGGCCGGGCCGUUGAUCAAGAGCACCGCCCACUUGAACACGAUCAUAUGCCGGCUAGUGGAAGCCGAAUUGAUUGAUGUCGUUCAUCCCAAAACGUUUGAGAGUUCGGAAGAUAUUCUAAAAACCGUUGAGAAGGAGGUCAUGCAGAAGCAUUUCCCUGCCGGCGUCAAAGGAAACAAAGCCAAGGUGGAGCUGCAAGAGAGGAUCGCCGAGGGUCUCCGCAAAGUUCGCGGCGAGUCCAAGUCACUCAAGCGCAAGCUGGAGCAGAAUGGCUCAGCAGCAAAACGGCGAAAGCUUCUCGCCGGGUUUGGGAUGGCGAAUGGCGCCCACGACGAGGAUAUGGACCCUGCUCUGGACCCAAGACAAGUCAUCAGGAUCAACUACGAAAAGUGCCUGGUCGAUCUACGCAAUCGUCGGCUUGUCCAGUACGCAACCGACAUGACCGGAGAAACCACGGCAUAUGUGUAUGGUGUUCUGCUGAAGCUUCUUACCAAGGACCUGUCCCGCUGCCGUGCGGAUCUUGUGAUGGAUGCCGUCGGAGACAAGGAUGAAGAAGACGACAAGGGUCCGGGGUCCGUCACUACCGACCAGAUUCUCGAUAACCUCAAGACAUCUGUCGACCUCUCGCUAGGGAUAGGAAAAGCAGAGAGAGGGCAGGUGUCUUCCACGGCGGCCGAGAAAAUCGAGUUGUACCCGCCAAAGAAGAAGGUAUUAAUCGAGGAGGCGGAGGUCGAUGGCGAAGCUAGCGCGGACGAGGAUGAAGGGGAGGAUGAAUCUAGUGAGGAGUCGGACUACGACUCGGACUACAAAGCUUCAACUACGCACGGAACGAACGGCGUCAACGGUACGAACGGUACGAACGGCACAAAAGUCAAAUUCGACGAAUCGGCAGCACCCAAAGAGCGCCGAAUGGAUCGACCGGCUCAGCUGCGGCAGCAUCUCCUUAUGCUAGCAGAGAGCACGCAACACUUUGUGCGGCACUGCGGGCCGAACGAGUGGACAGUUGAUUUCGUCCCCGUGAUGAAAUCACUUCGGGAGGCCGAGCUCGACUCGGUUAUCGAGCGCACAUGCGGCCGGCAAGGCCUUCGGCUAGUUCGCAUUCUCCGCGCCAAAGGCAAGCUCGACGAGAAAGCGCUUCCUAAUGUGGCACUCAUGCGGAAGCCUGAAUUACAACAGAAGAUGCUCGAGAUGCAGACCGCCGGCUUCGUCUCGGUGCAGGAAGUACCGCGCGACCUGAAGGCCGAUGUCAAGAAGUCAUUCUUCCUUUGGUUCUGCGACAUGGACAGCUCGCUCAGCCGCCUGCUGGACACCGGCUACGUCACCAUGGUGCACUGCCUCCAAGUGCUGGAGGCUUUGCGACGGAAGGAGCGGGACGUGCUUGAGACGACCAAGCGUACCGACGUCCGGGGCCGCGAGAAGGACACCAUGCGCAAGUCGUAUUAUGAGAGAUAUUCUAGGUUCCUUGAGUCCGAGCGGAAACUGUUUGCUCAAGUCAUGCGCGUGGAUGAUCUCGUUUCGGUGUUGCGAGAUUUUUGA